AUGGGGUCCACCAUUCUGUCAACCAUCGUGACACUGCUUUUCGUCUACUUCCUUUAUAAAUCGAUAUCUUUCCUCCGAUUUUAUAUCCAUGCCCACCGUGCCGGCUUUCCGGCAUACCUGUCACCUGUUUUGUCCAAAAGCAUUCCAUGGCUCGUGCUCGCGCCAGCCUUUCAGCCUCAACUCGAGAAAUAUCUUCCGGGGUGGAUCUAUGAGCGACUAGAUUUGGUGAUUCAUGGCUGGGAGUUCCGCAGAAAAAGAGAGUUCCACGACCGAUUGGGCAGCAUAUUCGCCAUCGUCACUCCUGAUGAAUGCUCGGUUAUCGUGGCCGAUCCCGCCGUCGGCAAUCUCAUCUUACAGAGAAGGAAUGACUUUCUCCUAGCACCUAUUACAGCUAGGCUUUUAGGAUUCUUGGGUCCGAAUGUGUUUACGGUUAAUGGUGAUGAAUGGAAGCGACACCGCAGGUUGUUUGCUGCCAAUCUGGAUGAGCGAAUCAGCAGAACGGUUUGGAUUAAAAGCUGUCAGCAGGCCCAAACCAUGCUCGAAUACAUGGUAGACCAUCCGGGUGGCGAGACAUUAGAUGGUCUGCGCAGUAUUGCGAUCAAUGUGAUCGGCCAGUCUGGGUACAGCCAGAAGCGGCCUUGGUCACCCAAUCUGCGGGAGCUCACUGUGGAUGCAAAAAGUGGGAGGACGGCAUACUUUAUGACACUCUCGAUGGUGACGAGUAUGUUUCUCGAAGCGGCGAUGCUCCCGACAAAGCUGAUGAGAUUGCCGUUGAUGCCACCGGCCCUUCGAAGCAUGGGCAAGCACCUGGAGAGAAUCCCCCAAUACACUCAAGAAGUGCUCGAGGAAGAGAGACAGGCUGCCACGGUCGUGUCAGACCCUCGCCAUAACUUUUUGAGCUUGUUGUUGCAGCUCUCGGAUGAAGAGAAACGCCGCGGCCAAUCGGGGUUUUCACUGACAGAUGAGGAGAUUACUGGGAACAUGUUCAUCUUCAGUAGUGCGGGGUUUGAAACGACUGCUAAUACCAUGGGUUAUGCGGUAAUCCUGCUGGCUGCGCACCCGGAAUGGCAGGACUGGGUUCGCGAGGAGCUUCACGUCCUGGACGCGGACGUAUCGACAUGGACUUACGAGGACGUGUACCCCAAAUGCCGACGGACACGAGCAGUGAUGUUGGAAACCCUCCGCCACUUCCCACCUGUUCUUCAUUCCACUCGCGCCGUACUCGCACCGCAGAGGCUCGUUAGCUCCGACGGUACUCACCACCUCGCGCCUCCGAUGGAUUUCUUUGUCAGCCACCUGAGCAUCCAUCUUGAUGCUACAAUCUGGGGUCCGGAUGCAGAGGACUUCAAGCCAUCGCGGUGGUUCGAUGACGACGGCCAGAUUAUCACCCCACCAAAAGGCACAUUCCUGCCGUGGUCAGGCGGGCCGAGGGUCUGCCCGGGAAUGAAGAUGUCACAAGUGGAAUUUGUGGCGGUUAUGGCGACGCUAUUCCGAUCUGCACGGUGCGAGCCUAUCCCGACCCUUGAGUCACAUAGACCGGAGGACUUGCAGCGGAGGCUGCAGCAGUUGAUGGACAACUCUGUUUCCAAGUUGACCUUGCAGGUGCGAGAUGUGAAGGCGGUGCAAUUACGAUGGAUUCGGGACUGA